AUGAGCUCAUCUAGUACUGCUGGAUCAGAUUCCUCCGACUCCAAGGAUACACGAACACAACCUUGGAAAGAAUGGGCGGAAGCUGAGUUAGCUGCUCGCAGGGAAGUAAAUGAAGCAGACCUGGAACAAAACCACAACGGCGAAAAUGAAGGUGGUAGCAACGUCCAGGGCGAAGGCGAGGGUGAGGUUGAUGGUGAUGGUGAUACCGGUUCACCGACCAAUACAAACAAGGCCGGAUAA